AUGGCCGUGUGGACCAGAGCGGACAAACAGGGGCAACUCGACCUGCUGCUUAGAGACCGCUGGAUACGAGUGUCCGCGGAGCUCACUCGGGACACUCUGACUUUAACGGCUGAGGCGGAUGUCAGCGAACCCUGGGACUACAACCCAAGGAACGGCCUAUCCAACGGCCAUGAGCCGGGGGGAAGUCCCGGAGCGCACAGCCCGGGACCGCAGCGCAGUCCUCCCGCACACUUGGACGUGAGCCCUGGCUCCUCCAGCCUGUCCUCGGACGGCUGCUCGGAAGCGGUGCGCAGGGUACGCGUGCUCAAGCAGGAGUCUGGUGGUCUGGGCAUCAGCAUUAAGGGCGGUCGGGAGAACCGCAUGCCCAUCCUAAUUUCAAAGAUCUUCCCGGGGUUGGCGGCGGAUCAGAGUCGGGCUCUGCGCGUUGGGGACGCUAUUCUGUCCGUGAACGGAAACGACCUCCGCGAGGCGACGCACGACCUGGCCGUGCAGGCGCUUAAGAAAGCGGGGAAAGAGGUGACACUGGAAGUCAAAUACAUCCGUGAAGUGUCACCACUCUUCAAGAAGCUGUCGCUGGUGGCAGACCUGCCCUGGGCCAUCAUCACGGACGACCUGCCUCUACAGAGCUCCAGAGACCGAGACAGGAAAGUCAUCAGUCUCAACAUGUGUUUUGUCAGCCGCAAUCUGACCAUGCCUGACCUGGAGAACCGCCUGCUGGAGCUCCAUUCUCCUGAUGGACAACACAUGCUGGUGCUCCGCUGUAAGGACUCCUCCAGUGCCAACGCCUGGUUCACCGCUAUCCACACCAACACGGCAGCCCUGCUGCCUCUGGCCCUGUCCCACAUCAACUCUUACCUGGAGGCCACGUCACCCACCGCCCACCCCCACCUCAAGCACAUCGGCUGGCUGUCUGAGCAGGUGCAGCUGGGCAGCGGCCGGCAGCAGUUCCGCCCGCUUGUCAUGGCGAUGACAGAGAAGGACCUGUUGGUGUUCCAGUCUGUGCCCUGGACCAGAGAGGCCUGGGCCCUGCCUCUGUUCACACACCCUCUGCUGGCCACCAGGUAA